AUGUGUAUCACGAUAUCUGUUUACAAGGGCGGCGAUAUAUCGCGCGUACAGUGGGUCGGCGCGCGCCGCUCACUCACGGGAAUCGUUCGUUCGCCGCGACCAACUUUCUCUCACUGGCGUGGCGGCAGCCGCGGCCGGACGAAAGUGAAUCUGCAGCGACCCCCGCGCGCCCUCGCCCGCGCCCUCAGGUGUCCUGCACCGCCCGCCCAGCACUCGACACCACGCCGCCUGCAACACACCCGACGUCAACUU